CUCGGUGCUCUUAUUAUCCUUACUUUCACAUUCGCGUUCCUUUACUCGCCAGACUUGCGACCGACCUCCGACUGGAUGCCACCGCUGUCCUCGAAAUCCCCGCCUGUCUUCUCCAAACCACCGAAGAACGCACAAGAUCCGAACAUCGUCGAGCUCGACUACCUCGCUAUCCAACCCAACGUCACGGACAAGGUGCGCUCGUACUGGAAUAUCCCAUACGCUGCGAGUGCUGGUGGCAAGAACAGGUUCCGUGGCCCACAACCGGUGAACAGGACGUAUGGAAUCGGGCGCAAGGAGAAGCCGCUCGUGUGGAAAGGUGACUUGGGCAUGUGCCCGCGCAUCCAGAAGAUCGAUGCCAGCCUGAGAAACAAAGAAGAUAUUGCCGGUGAGGACGUGCUUGGCAUCUUCGCAGACAAGACAGAGGACUGCCUGAGUCUGAACGUAUUCACGCCCUUCGAUGCCGAAGCUGGCGACGACUUGCCAGUUCUUGUCAACAUUCCUGGUGGCGGCUUCCAUCUGCCUGGGAGGAGUAAUGGCGGCGAGAUGGUAGAGAAGGCCAGGAAGGAGAAGGGCGCGAACGGCAAGCUGGACAAGGGCAUCGUUGUAGUGACCAUGUACUACCGCAACGGUAUUUAUGGGUUCCUUUCGGGCAAGGAGAUCGCAGAAGAUGGCGACUACAAUAACGCGCUUCGGGACCAGAGGGCUGCGCUCGAGUGGGUGCAGAAGUACAUUCGAUACUUCGGCGGCAACCCCGACCACGUUGUUCUGAUGGGUACCAGCGCUGGAGGUGCUUCGGUUCUGCUCCAGAUCACCGCAAACGAGGGAGACAACCACGCUGCCAUCCCGGGCACAGGCAGGAAGCCUCUGUUUCACGGCGCGAUCGCGCAGAGUCCGGCAAGCCCGACCUUUUUCACACCAACUCAAGCCGAGAAAUUCUGGAACGAAGUUGCUGACGGUCUGAACUGCACGGACAUUGCCUGCGUCCGUGACGCCUCUCCUGGGGACCUCUACUAUCAAAACUACCCCAUGAACUUCCCCGACCGCGACACACCUCCGCGCUGGAUGUGGGCACCGACCACAGAGCCUGCAGGCGGCUUGUUGACCGAACCUGCGCCAGCAGCCAUCAUCCACAACCGGUACGCCAAGGUGCCCACGAUCAUUGGUUUUACCUCGAACGAAGGUUCGGAUCAGGUGAAGAAGACGACCGACACACUUGACGAAUUCAAGACCUACCUGAAGGACCACUACCCGCUGCUCACCGAAGACGACCUCGAUCUCCUCGCUGAGACAUACCCGAACGAACGACACUGGCCCGACAGCGGACGAUUCUGGGACGCAGUAGCGAAGGCGCAAGGCGACAUUCGCUACAUCUGCCCGACAUACCUGGCCUCCAACGCUAUGGGAAUCCACAACCCUGAGAACGUACCAACAUACCAAUACCAAUGGGACGUGAUGUGGGGCGUCGACAUCGAGAACGGCUACGGUACGAAGCACGCCGGUACGGUCGGUCAGGUCAUGGUGCGCCGCCACAACGAGAUUUCAGACUACUUUAUCAGCUUCGUCAAGUAUCUCAACCCCAAUAUCGAGAAGGGCAAGGACACGCCGACGUGGGAAAAGCUGGAUAGCAGGAAGAGGCGUUUACUGUUCACAAACAUCAAAGAGGGUGGAAAGAGGGGCGACGGCACCAAUAUGCUCGGCAAGAUGCGCAUGUGGAUGGAAGGCAAGGAUGAGCGUCGGGACGCGAACUGCGAGGUCAUCCGGGGACUGAUGAAGAGACUGCAGAUGGAGGGUGUCGAAGCGCUGGCGCUAGACUCGUGAGAGGUGAUGAAGGGCGGCAGUAAUGCCCCUCGCUGUGGUUCAGCGGUUUCAUACAGGUGGGCAUUUUCUAGCAUUUACAGGCGUUUGGGUAGAUGCCUCAUCGUACGCGAUGCGUGGCUGUACAAAAUUAUUAUGUCUUCUUGUUUAAGGGGUUCUCAGACGAUGAGUGAGUCCACCUGUCGGAUUGUUUAUGAGGCUUGUGGCAGUGUCGAAUCGUAUGUGCCUUCCUUGGUUGUCUUCUAACAACAACAGCUCAUCUCAUUCACAACGAGCACCUUUACAUACUCUGACCGUCGGUCAUGUUCGUGCAUUGACAUUGUAUACCUAGAAUCAGUAUCUCGAUCACCAU